AUGGCCUUUUUCUCAUAUCUCCCGAUUCGCAACUCCGCAGCACAGUACACUUCUCAUCGACUCCUCGACAGAGAAAUCCAAGCAUUUCUAGCGUUCCUCAUGUUCUCCGCUAUUAAGAUGGUUAGAGAGGAAACAUGGGAGGCCUUCGGCGCGGAUAGCUUACUCUAUGCUAAGAUCUUUCUCAUCGCUGUUACGUUGAUUAUGGAUUAUCGAGUGGCGAUCUGGUUUUGUGUCAUAUUUUUAGUCAUAUAUCUUUUAGCUCAACAACCAGCAUUUAGCAGAUUAGGAACUGCGAAGAAGUUAACACCUAUGCAGUUGGAGGAUUUGUUAUCAAAUAGGACCACAACUAAAUACUUGUUGGUAAGAGGCCACUGGCAGUGUCUUCUACUUGAUAGUUUUGUAGCUUUUGCCAGAUUAGUGAAGUUGUGA